AACCCCAACCUACCUUCUUCCUUCUCCUUUCCCCGAUUCCUCUUGGCCUUGGCUCGCCCGCCCUCGCCCGAACCACAACCCCCCUUCUUAUUGUCCUUCCCCCCGAUUCCUUCCUUCGCCGCUGCCUCUUACCUCUCUCCCUCUCCCUGCUACCGUCCGGCCAUCGCCGGAAUCCGCUGCUCGACCGAACGCCGAACCGACCCCCGUCCCCGUUUACCUCUCUUUCUUCCCAGAUCUCUCCUCCUCCUUAUCUUUCUCUUCCCUCCGGGUCCACCCCUUCAUCGCCUUUCUGCCGCCCUGAUCGAGCCGGCCUUCCUCUACUUCGCCGGACUUUCUCUCACCAAGUCUUGCCACCCCUUCUUUCCUUUUCCUUCGCUUGCGUGCGCUGCCCUAGACACGUCCGGAUCAAGGGCCUCGCCCGUUAGUGGGAGACAACGAGGGGGCAGCGAGAUGGGCGGUGCGGCGUUUCGGUGGCUACUUCAGCUCCACAGAGACGUACCUAAGGCCGCUCGAUUCUACUCGGAAGGCUUGGAUUUCAGCAUUAACGUCUGCACUCUCCGUUGGGCCGAGCUCCAAAAUGGCCCUCUAAAGCUUGCCCUGAUGCACUCCCCCACCAGUGAUUAUCUUAUGCAGAAAGGUUGCUCCUCUAUGCUGUCCUUCACAGUAACAGACAUAAACAGCACGGUGACAAAAUUAAUGACAUUAGGAGCUGAGUUGGAUGGUCCUAUUAAAUAUGAGAUCCAUGGGAAGGUGGCUGCCUUGCAUUGCCUUGAUGGGCAUGUGUUGGGUCUUUAUGAACCUGCAUGACAGUUUCAACAAAUUUUAGUUUGUGCAGUCUAAAACCAGAUCAAAGUCCUGAUACGGUAUAAAAUUUUAGAGUUCUCAGCAGCUAUCAGAUGCAUAAUUUCAUUGUCGCUAGCAAGAGCUGCUUCUACCAGAGUAGUGGAAAGAGCAUAAGAUACGAUUCCUUUCUUUGAGUUUCCUUCAAAGAUGGUCAUUGUUUGUUCAUCCAGAUCAAUCAGCGCUGUGCAAAGAGUUUAUAAGUGUUGGACCUGACGACUUUGUCAAUCAAAUGGGUAGGAGUAAACUGAAUAAGGUGGAACAGAGGACACACAUUUAGAUUUCUAUUUGUAGGGAAGGUCCCAAACUGAGUCACCUGUCAUGUAGAUGGGAUAUUUCUUUUCCACAGAAUCUCCAAGGAAUGAGACUGCUUGUGCUUUUAACUCUGCUGAAAGUUAAGCUAUGCUGUCUGUCUGCUGGUAGAGUUCUCAUCUUGUACCUUAACUUGAAGAUGGUGACCUGAAUUUAAUGGAGAGCACUAUUUUUGCAUUUCA